AUGGCAGAAGAACAGAUUGUCGUGUUGAUAUUAGGGUCUACAGAAAAGCAUUCUGCAACAGCAGCUCGCCGGUGUCCGCGCACAGAAAGUGGGAGAAUGCAGAGUGCGACGUCGUUUUCGAGGUUUGUGCGGCCUGUGCAGGCCGCGGUGCGUCUGUUCUCCACAUCUGCGCCGAAGACCGCGGGCGAUGAGAAGAUCGUUGCCGCCGUUCUCUUCGAGAGGCUUCCCGUCGUCAUUCCUAAAAUCGAUCCUGUAGUCUAUGCUUUUCAAGAGUUCUCGUUCCGAUGGAGACAACAGUAUCGACGGGAAUACCCAGAGGCUUUCUUGAAAAAAGCUGAGGCUAGGGGAAAAGGAGAUUAUCAAAUUGACUUUACGCCAGCUCCACGGAUCACUGAAGCAGAUAAAAGUAAUGACAAACGGUCAUUAGAGAGAGCGCUCGACCGGAGACUCUAUCUUCUCAUUUAUGGCACUGCCUAUGGUUCCAAUGGGGAACCCGUCUGGCACUUUCCCGAGAAGGUUUAUGAAUCUGAACAAACAUUGCGUAAGUGUGCCGAGUCUGCCUUAAAAUUGGUGAUUGGAGACCUUAGCCAUACUUAUUUCGUUGGAAAUGCUCCAAUGGGCCAUAUGGUUAUGCAGCCAUCAGAAAAAGAAAAUGACUCGGCUCUUAAGCGAUUCUUUUUCAAAUCUCAAGUCAUUGCCACAAACAAGUUCAACAUAGGCAAGUGUGAAGAUUAUGUUUGGGUGACAAAGGACGAGCUGUUGGAGUAUUUUCCCGAGCAAGCUCAGUACCUAAAUAAGAUGAUCAUCAGCUGA